AUGACCUUUGAUGAUGAGCCUGGCUUUAGGGGGUGGAAAAGUAUAUAUCUAGGACUUUACUCUCCAUUUUCUAAUAAGUACACAUCAUUUAUGAACCAAGCUAUUAAAAAAGCAAAAGAAAACUCCCCUGUUAAAAUGAGAGAACCUAAUUAUUAAGGUCUAGGCUAAUCUACAUCAUUACCGUCCUUCAUUACGCUAUAUUAAAUUGGUUCGGCAUUUACAGAAAACUCUAUGGUUAGAAGUGAUAACCCAACUUCUCGAAAUAACAAAGAUUCUGAAUAGCUGACAAAUACCUAGUGGCAAGAACAGCAAGAAUUUCAAUAUAUUAGUAUGUUUGAGUAACUUUCUCGGUAUAAGAGAGAUGUUAUAGAAAGUUAAAUCAGAAAUGGAUAAUAAAGCUUCAUGGCUCAGAAGUAUCUUUAAUUAGUUCAAUAAAAGAAACUUAGAAGAACUCUACAAGAUAUUUUUAGAGUUGCUGGAAAAAAAAGAUUUCUUCGAAAUGACUAUAAGUAUUUGAAUAUUGGAAGUAGUUCUAAAGAGAAUUUAACAGUGUAAUCUGGAAUUUCAAACGAUCUUUAGUAAGACAAAUUAUUGAAAGACAGCAAAAAUUUAAGCUUAAUUGAUUUCAAUUACACUGACCUAAGAUGGCCAAGCAUUGUAAAGAACAAGAAAACACAUGUUGAGUACCUAAGAGAGAAUAGUAGAGUUGUAGAAGGAGAGAUUAGAAAUAGGACAGCAUAGGCUAAAAUUGAUAUCAAACCAAGACAAUCUUUUUUCAUGUCAUCCUAAUUGGUCAUGAAUAGGCGAAGAAACUCAGUUUUGAAGUCACAAGAAUAGCAGCUAAAGAUGAAAAGCAAACAGAUUAUUAGAAGAAAAAGCUGUGAAUGUGGACUUUGUGGAGGAGAGACUAAGAAGGUGCCUUAUGCUGCAUUGUUUGAAGAAGAAUCUGAUGUUGAAGAGGAUAGAGAAUUAUUCUCAUCUGGAAUAUCUUUGUAAUUGAAAACUAAUGGAGCUGGAAGAAAAGCUUAAAGUUUGUUUAAAAACUUGAAGAGUAUGAUUCAGAAAAGUCCAAGAGUAAGAUAAAACAUGCUGAGAAAUCGACAAUCUAAGGAUUCACAUCUGGAAGGAUUUUAAUAAGCUAAUCAAAGUUUAAAAGAUACUUUAGAAUAAGAAAAAUUAAGGUAGCAUUAAUAGAAUACUGAGAAACUUAUUAUAAAAUAUAGACCAACUAGAUAGAUGGGUGGAUUAAGUCCUAUCUUUGAUUGUGAAAAGUAGUCUAAGAAAAAGGUAGGCUUAAACAUGAAACUAAUUAAACAAGCAUUCAACAGCAAUGAUAGCAGGAAAAUGAUUAGAAAAGACACCUAAGAUAGUAAUAUAGAUUUAAGCCCUGCUAAGUCCUCUAUCUCUUAAAGUCCUGAUUAAACAUCAAAAUUUAUGAAAUUAAAGGAGUGUUAGCCUGAUGGUUUCACACAUCAAAUCUAGUAGAAAAUCAAAGUAAUGAAAUUGACCCAUAAUCCCUUCUAAAAAUCAAGAAAUAAUUAAUUUCAUACUCAGUUUCAAACAUAUCAAAACAAUGAUGACAAUCAUAAUCACUUUUAAACAGAAGAUCAUUAGCCUGAUUCCUUUAAUAAAGAAUCCUACAAGAAUAAGUUUCUGUAUCAGCAGACGAUAUUUCAUAAGAAUUAGACUAGGUUUCUUGAGAGAGUAGAGACAUUUAAAUAGGAAUACAAGAAUAGUUUUGGGAAAAUCGAAAGAGAUUAAGGGAAGAUCCAAAAUUUGAAAUCUAAGAUAGUUUAAUCACAUAGUUUACUCCCACUUAUAGAGGGAAAUCCGAACAAGAAAUUAAAGAAAAUUUCAAUUGAAAAAAGAAGUCCAGAUUAAAAGAAAAAGGGAAAGUCAAAAAGUAGAAAAAGAGCGACUACUAUUGAUAAGAAUAAUGUAUAUUAUAGUAAAUUAAGCUAGCAAGUAAAAUGA